CUUUUAGAGAAGGCUAGACGGAUGGCUAAAGGCCAACAUGAGAUCCAAUUUCCAAACCAAUCGAUGGAAAGUUUUAAAAAUGGCGUUCCAGCCUCCGACAGCUCGCCAAGAACUCCAAAACAGAAAAAUCUUGGAAGAACUCCAACAGAAGAAACAGCUCUUGCUCAAGCAGGGACAGGGGAAUGCCAGCCCUGCCGUACUGCCCGCAACGCCAGCACCAAACACUACGGACGCCCACGCCUUGACAACGUCGCAGAGGACGGCGCUUCAACAUGCCCACUCCACUUCCGUGGGAUUUUUCAUUCCGCAGGACUCUUCCUUCGGCAAUCUCAUAUUACCCGUCUUACCUCGGUUUGACAAGACGUGACGGAAGUUCCACAAACGCACACACACACACGGACAGUCCACAACCAAAUGUGGUCUGCUGGCAAACGUUUAAUAAACAAAGCCAACAGUACAGCAUGAAA